UCAGACGCGCCCGCUGUUGGCGUUUGCGUCAUCAAUACGCGACGUCUCCAUAUUCCCAGCACGUGCGCAGGAAGCAGCAAUUAUUGUGUUUAUGUUUCAGGCGAAAGAUUAAAAGCCUUAUUGGAUUGAUACAUCCAUUGUUGUCAGGUCAGUAAGCAGCAUGGCACAGCACUGGGCUGGAGGCCACACUGCUCCGGUGCUGUGCAUCGGAGCCGCAGCAGGAGCUGACGGAUUUCUGGCCUCGGGGGCUGAAGGAGGCGAGGUGACGGUCUGGACUCAGGAAGGGACUCCUCUCUCUCGGCUGCGUUUGAGCUCUCAGGACGACGUCACGUGUACGGUUUUCUCCGGCACUGCGCCGGGGCUGUUGUACGUGUCUCAUGGUGAGACGGUGAGCAUCCUGGACCCACGCAGUCUGAAGAAGCCGGUGGAGGAACUCAAGGACGUCGGCGAGGACGAGAUCAACUCGCUUUCAGUGAGCGAAACGGGUGCCUCACUGGCACUGGCCGACGAUUCGGGGACUGUGAGGGUGGUGGACCUCCAGACGGGAAAAGUGAGCCGCACGCUGCGCAAACACACCAAUAUCUGCUCUUCCGUGGCUUUUAGACCCCAGAGGCCACAGAGCCUUGUGUCUGCAGGGCUGGACAUGCAGGUGAUGCUGUGGAACCUGCAGAAAGCUCGGCCAGUGUGGAUCUACAGCCUACAGGAGGCGCUGGAGGAGGAAGAGAGAUCCCAGCAACAAGCAAGUCAGCUCUUUAACCCGCCUCUGGCUCACUGCGUCAGUGUUGCAUCAUGUGGAAACGUUUUGGCGUGUGCUGCAGAAGACGGACACGUGCACCUCGCCCGCGUGGGUGCUGGCUCCAGACUCGAGCAGCAGGGGGUGAUAAAGGCUCACAGUCAGGGUGCCUCUCAGGCCCACUUCCUCAACUUCAUGCCCCAUCCUUACUGGCUGGCCACCGGAGGCAAUGACGGAGUAGUGGCAUUGUGGGAUAUAAGCGAGGAGCCUGUUGUGGCAGGAGAGGUCAAGGUCAAGGUCCAACGCAGGAAACCCAAAAACAGGAAGUCAAAGCCUCAGAGUCAUGAGGUUGAAGAGGGAAAGAGAAGAGAAGAAGAGCUUUCAGAGGAAGCCAGAAGUAUUGACCCGAGUCAGACAAAGACGGCAUUAAAAUUGAAGUUCAGUCACGAGGAGAAGGUGAACUGGAUUUGUCCGGCACUUCUAAAAGGACAACCGAGUUUACUCGUUGCAGAUCAGAGCACCAGUUUAUCUUUGUAUUCUCUGUCAGGGCUUUAGCAGCAUUUCUCCAACAGUGUGGGAAAGCACAGAACUGUGUUCAGCUUUAUUUAUUUGCCUCGUGGUUAAACAAUAGGCGCUUGUAAAAUACAGAACAAGUCCAGCCUGACUGAAUCAGCCUGAAGCGAUGUGUUUCUGUCUGCUUAUCCUUUUUUUCCAGUGUGUGUGGUUGUGCACUCAAGCUACAGGGCCCAUUUUUCAUAAAUCACCUAACAAAUCCAACCUGAGAUGACAUGCUAGAUUACUAAUCAUUAUAAUUCUAUGUGCUAAAUGUGCUAAUUUGUUUUUUCAGACCUGUUUGAGGGUUGGAUUAGUGUAGUCAUAUUGAGAUAACUGCGUAAUCCUGCGUUGCCAGGAAAGGGCGGAUAUAACGAGAAUUUAAACCAUGGUCAAGGAGUCAGUCAUAAAUCAUAAAUCAUAAUACACACAACUAGGGGUGUAAUGAUAAAUCGUGACAGUGCUUCGCAAUGCCAAGAUGUGCCGAGCAUCAUAGAAAUGUGUGAUUCACUUUGUGGAAAUCAGUGCAGUUGCACUGUUUGUACAGCAGAGGUCCCAGGCUGCACAUCCCACAGAGUUAUACAGAGUUAAAUAUAUAAAGUGCAUGCUGGUCAUGUGACAGUGUCCUUUUGUGGAGAGCCUGUGAGAUCUGCACUUGUGAAGUCUGCCAGCUCUGGAUUGCCACGACCAACAUACGUUAUACAUUACAUGGCCAUGUUACAACAGUUAAAAAGAGCUCUUCAGUAGCUUCAAACAACACCAAAGGCCAUGGAAAAUGGUCAUUUUAGCUGACUUUGGAGCUCUUUUUCUGCUGCAGAGCUCAGACACUUUGUUUAUUCAAUCACAGUUUUGAGGAGAAUUUAUUUAUUUAAAAGAUAUUGUGAACUUGUAGUACAUAUAUACAAUAUUAAACUUCUGUUUGUAGCAGUUUAUUUUAUUUAUUUAGUUUUAGGCAGACAAAAAUGCAUUGUUUUA